AUGGAGAGCAGGUGUCGUGUGAUCGGCGGACCCGCGGGAGUCGGCGAGCGUCGCUCUAAACGCAUUGGCGCCCGGGAAACGCGCCCGGGAAACGUGCCGGAGGAGGGGGAGUGGACGAUCGACGGCGCCGGGACCAUCGCGGGCGACAUCCAGGACAUCCUCUGGCUGAUCAUCUGCGCCGUGCUGGUGCUGAUGAUGCAGGCGGGCUUUGCCUGCCUGGAAAGCGGCCUCGUCCGCGCCAAGAACACCAUCAACGUGGUGGUCAAGAACGUCGUCGACAUCUCCCUGACCGGCCUGCUGUUCUGGCUGUUCGGCUUCGCCGUCAUGUUCGGACCCAGCCUGGGCGGCUGGAUCGGGACGGCGGGUUUCGCGCCCGACCGGGCGGCGGGCGCCUGGCUGCUCGCCUUCUUCUUCUUCCAGCUCGUGUUCUGCGGCACCGCCGUGACCAUCGUCUCCGGCGCCGUCGCCGAGCGCAUGCGCUUUGCCGGCUAUCUGGUGGUGGCCGCCCUGGUUGCCGGCGUGAUCUACCCGCUCUUCGGCCAUUGGGCCUGGGGCGGGCUGCUCGGCGGCGGCGCGGGCUGGCUGGCCGCGGCGGGCUUCGUCGAUUUCGCCGGCGCGACGGUGGUGCACUCGGUCGGCGGCUGGGUGGCGCUGGCCGCGGUCCUGGCGAUCGGCCCGCGCCUCGGCCGCUUCGGGCCCGGCGGCCGCUGCCUGGAAGGGCACAACCUGCCGCUGGCCAUGCUCGGCGUGCUGCUGCUCUGGGUCGGCUGGUUCGGUUUCAACGGCGGCUCGACCCUGGCGUUGGAGCCGGCGAUCGCCGGCAUCGCCGUCAACACCCUGCUGGGGCCGGUCGGCGGUUGUCUGCUGGCCAUGGUCUGGUCCUGGCGCUGGCGCGGCCGGCCCUCGGUGCAGGACAUGAUGGACGGCAUCCUGGCCGGCCUGGUGGCGGUCACGGCCGGCGCCCACACCCUGUCGGCCGGCGAGGCGCUGCUGGUCGGCGCGCUGGGCGGCGGCCUCUGCCUGGCCGCCGUGGCGCUGCUCGACCGGCUGGAGAUCGACGAUGCCGUGCACGCCGUGCCGGUGCAUCUGGCGGCCGGCGUCUGGGGCACCCUGGCGGUGGCGCUGUUCGGCGACCCGGCCGACUUCGCCGGCGCGACGCGCCUGGAGCAACUCGCGGUGCAGGCCCUUGGCGCGGCGGCGGCCGGUCUGCUCGCCUUCGGCCUGGCCUAUCCGCUGCUCCGGCUGGCCGACCGCCUGCGGCCGCUGCGGGCCUCGCGCCACGACGAGCUGGUCGGCCUCAACAUCGCCGAACACGGCGCCAGCUCGGCGCUGACCACCCUGCUGGAGGAGAUGAACCGCCAGUCCACCUCGGGCGACUUCGCGCGCAACGUGCCGGUCGACGAGGGCAGCGAGGCCGGCGAGAUCGCCGCCCAGUACAACCUGGUGCUGGAGAAGUUCCGGACCGAGACGGGCAAGCGCGAGCAGGCCGUGCGCGCCUUCCGCCAGGCCAAGGAGCAGGCGGAGAACGCCAACGCCGCCAAGUCCCACUUCCUCGCCUCCAUGAGCCACGAGCUGCGCACGCCGCUCAACGCCAAGAAGUACGAGCUGCACGAGGAGGAGCUGGAUCUGGCCGAGGUGGUCGAGGGGGCCGUGCGCCUGGUCUCGCCCCUGGCCGAGCGCAAGGGCCUGAGCCUGCGCGUGGAGCUGCCCGCGCCGGGCGCGCCGGUCGCCCUGCCGCCGCUGCGCGCGGACGAGCGGGCGUUGCGCCAGAUCCUGCUCAAUCUGCUCUCCAACGCCUGCAAGUUCACCGAGAGCGGCGGCGAGGUGCGCGUCUCGGCCGAGCAGGAGGCCGACGGGCGCAUCGCGCUGAGGGUGAGCGACACCGGGGUCGGCAUGUCCCGCGCCCAGAUCCGUCAGGCGCUGGAGCCCUUCGUCCAGGUCGACAGUCAGACCCGCAAGACCGAUCAGGGCACCGGGCUCGGCCUGCCCCUGGCCAAGUCGCUGGCCGAGCUGCACGGGGGCAGCUUCGUCAUGACCUCGCGCGAAGGGCAGGGCACCCAGGUGGUGAUCCGCCUGCCGCGCGCGCGGGUCUGCGGGGUCGCGACCGGCGGGCCGGAGCGGCCCGCGG